AUGAAACUUGUGAUGAUGCAUUAUCAGUCACAGCCACAGCUAUCUAGGUCUUGUAAAUACAUCAAAGAUUAUCUCUGCCUAUUCAGUCUCAUUUCUCGUCAACGCUUAGCAAUGACUGGUUGCGAUCAACUAGUAGAGAUCCCACUGGAAGAUUGGACUGAACUAAAAAAUCUCUUUUACUGUGAUUGGCCAAAGCAUGAAUUUGCCUACUAUCUGCUGGAAAACUACGUGAAAUGGAAAGAUCAUCAAGAAGCACUGGACGUUAACUGUUACUCAUUAAAUGGAAACUGGAGAGAAAACGAAACAUUUGUGUUAAAGGAUGGCUUUGAAAUAUACUUCUAUACAAAAGCUGAACACGACUGCAGCGUUUUGAUAAGACUGUUAUUGCAAGUUCAAUGGGGUUCCUUCAACGAAGUUAGUAUGGACUAUCUAGAGAGGCAUCAUCCGGCAAUUGAGCGAAUCAUCAGCGAUAGGUGUCUGAAGGUAGCAAGUAAUAAUUUAGCCCACUACUAUUUCCUGUCCAAGGAGCAAGCCCUUGCACUGCAUUCGUGUACAAUACCGGAGGGUUUCGCGUUGAAUAAGUUACAACUGAAGGACUUGGACAAUAUCUACUACCAUUGGCCUCUGAAAAAUUAUAUUAGCUACGAAGCAGGGCAUGGGCUACUGAAACGGUUGAUAAUGUUGAACGAAAAUGUAGGAUUGUUUAAUGAAAAAGGCGUGCUUGUGUCGUGGUGCUUAAGUGAUCAAACUGGUGCUCACUCCGAUCUUCAAACAUUGCCUGCCUAUUGCCGUAAUGGAUAUGGACGGAUGGUCGUAAUGGAGCUUGCAAAACGACUAGCACAAACGGGAUCGGAUUCCAAAGCGUAUGUUUUACAUGAUAACAAAAAAUCGAUACAAUUAUUUGAGAGUGUUGGUUUUCGAAAGAUACAAAAUUUGCACUGGAUUGUGGUGAAUGCGAAACGGUAAACAAUACCAGUUUUUGUUAUUGGCAUGGGACGCUUAGUGGCCCGGUUUAAUUUAGCCAGUUAUGUUAUUGAUUCGUGUAUUUGCUGAUUUGGUUAUUUAAUCACCAUAGUAAAUUUUUACUUUGAAAAUGAUA